CCUUAAAAUAAAACUACCCGCAAACAGCAGGGAUCAAGAGGGGAAGAGAAGAACUCUUAGAUUCUAACCAAGAAAACCCGUCCUGCUUUCCAGCCAACAUGUCGGAUCAAAGCCCCUUUGAAACAGAUAUGAUAACCCUGAACCGAUAUGUCAUGGAGAAAGGACGACGGGUGAAAGGGGCAACGGGAGAAUUGACCCAGCUUUUGAACUCAACACUCACUGCCGUCAAGGCCAUCUCAUCAGCAGUCCGAAAGGCAGGUCUUGCUCAUAUGUAUGGAAUUGCAGGAAGCGUGAAUGUGACUGGGGACGAGCAGAAAAAACUGGAUGUGUUGUCCAAUUCUCUGGUUAUCAACAUGCUCCAGUCCUCCUACAGCACUUGCGUCCUGGUCUCUGAAGAGAAUAAAGAAGCACUAAUCACUCCAAAAGAAAAAAGGGGUAAAUAUGUGGUGUGCUUUGAUCCACUAGAUGGCUCUUCCAAUAUAGACUGUUUAGCCUCAAUAGGAACAAUAUUUGCAAUUUACAAGAAGACCUCUGAAGAUGAGCCUUCUGAAAAGGAUGCCUUACAACCUGGACGCAACAUUGUGGCUGCAGGCUAUGCUCUGUAUGGCAGCGCAACGCUGGUUGCCCUUUCAACGGGUCAAGGAGUGGACUGCUUUAUGUUGGAUCCGGGUCUUGGUGAAUUCAUUUUGGUGGAAAAAGAUGUGAAAAUCAAGAAGAAAGGAAAAAUCUAUAGUCUUAAUGAAGGUUAUGCAAAGUAUUUUGAUCCUGCUGUGACUGAGUAUUUACACGAGAAGAAAUUUCCUGAGGAAGGUAAAUCUCCUUAUGGAGCCAGAUAUGUAGGCUCCAUGGUGGCUGAUAUUCACCGCACCCUGGUGUAUGGUGGGAUAUUUUUAUAUCCAGCUAAUCAGAAAAGUCCCAAAGGAAAGCUGCGGCUCUUGUACGAAUGCAACCCCAUUGCUUUUAUCAUUGAACAGGCCGGUGGAAUAGCUACCACGGGCACAGAGCCAGUGCUGGAUGUAAAGCCAGAGUCUAUUCAUCAGAGAGUCCCUUUUGUUGCUGGUUCUCCUGAGGAUGUUCAAGAAUAUCUUGCAUUUGUACAGAAACACCAGAAAAGCAGCUAGUGGCCCUCUAAAGUGCCCCAUCUAUUUGCUUUCGCACUAUGCUCUGGAAAAAUAUGAAGCCACAAAGUGAAAGAAACGUCCAAUCUGAUGAUCACAACAAGAAAGGCAUUGUCCCCCCUCCUUUUUUAAAAAAAGAAAAUCUUCAUUUCAAUAAAAAUAUCAACUUGAUCAUUUUUUUUAAAGAAACAACAAGAAUAAAACAAGGGUGUUUUUGAAUGAAUUGAAUACCUCAGACAAUUUUCUCAGACAAGUUUUGCAUGGGAAGUUCACUCCUCAUGUCUAGCAUCAAGUCAGCUAAAUUAUCAAAUCACACAUUGUUCAGUCUUGUGACCUGUGAGGCAAUGGGUUGAUCAAAACAAUAAAAAAAAAUUUCUCCCAAAUGGUGUGUCCACACCAUUGGCAAUUUUAUAUUGCCAGCCUGGCCUUUAAUCUGUAUAGAUUAAAAGGGUUUUUCAUGA